AUGCUUCCUUGUGGAUCUUCUCUCUGCAAAAGACUUGCAGGUUCAGUUGGGCCACAGUCUCUAAAGGAUGGGGAAACAUUAUUAGUUGUUAUAGGCAUUGCAGCCAUUUCAAGUGAGUACUCUAUAAAUUCUUUCGCUGAACUAAUUCCCCUAGAGCAAUCUCUCGAAGAUAACCUAGACCUCCAACAACAAAGUAACCCAUCCCUCUUGACGAUAAAGACUUGCAACAUUGUCAAAGAUCUGCUUUGCAUUACUGAAUUCAGCUAUUACAAAGUAUUCUCUGGCCAUCUGGACUCCACAAUAGGAAGCCAACCUUGA